AGUUACUGAAGACGACUAUUUUGUUGCUCCACCAGGGAAUAUACCGCUUGAACCAAGGGAAGAUUUAUUACACGAAAAGGAGAUUGAAAGGGAACACAAUAGGAAAUAAUAACUAGUAAUGUCUCUAAAGAAGAUUAUCUCAUUGUGCGAAAAACAAGGUUUCUUUAAAAAGCUGUCUGUAUCCUAUGAUGAAACUUCUGAUUUUAUACAUCAUUUGAAAUUAGGUCCUGUAGGUGCCAUGUUUCAAGAAAAUCUACGGAAUGAAUGGUUACAAAACAUAGUAAUUGGCAGCAAAAAUUUUAAUGUAUUUCUAAGUGGACCAUCUUUUGUUGAUACUUUUGAAUAUGCAAAGCAAAUGUCUUCAGAAAGGGCGCCCUUUGCAAUAGCUGAAUUUUUAAAAAAAGAAACGCACAGAUCUGAAAGUAAUAUAAUCAUCAAUAAUUCAAAUGAGCAAAACGAUUUUAGAAAUGUCCUUUUAAAUUAUGGUAAUAUGGAGACAAUUUUUAGAAUCACAACAUUUUUAACAAAAUCAGAUGCUAUUCCUUUUUUCCACAAAUGGCAGAGACAAAGGAAGAUAUGGUGGAGGAAAAUUUCUGCGUCUCCUGGGAGAUAUAACUUAACAGACAUUCAGGAAAAUGAAAACGGGCGUCAAAGCGUUGAGAUAAAGUCGGAUUUCCCAUGGGGUUCCCAGGUUGUCGAAUCUAUGAGUAUUUAUACCUGUGAGCAUAAUCGGCUACAACCACAUCAUUUGCAGUUAAAAGAAGGAAGAAAGAAAAUCAGCCCACAUUUUAUUGUUAGUAAUAUUAAUUUGUCGUCCAUGAUUUUGAAUUUCAUUUGUGAUGCAUAUGAGGAACCACCGUACCACGAAGGAGUAAGACCCAUGAUGAGAAUACAUCGAAAAUUAGCCCCGUAUAAAGUUGCAUUCACAUUAAGUACAAAUGCUGGCGUCAUGAAUAAUUUAAACGAUUUAGCAUUGUACUUAUGUAAACAGUUUAGAAAUGAAUGUAUCUCGACACUUUUAACAUUAAAUGCUCCUAAAGUAACUCAAGAAGUUCAAUGGCAACAAUACGACCAAAUGGGCAUUCCUUACACUGUUGUACUUAACGAUAACACAUUAAGGAACGGGAUCGCUCAUUUAAGGAGUAGAGACACCACAUUAAAGGAACAAGUGCAUAUUUCGACCAUGUUGACGUAUUUACAACAGAUUUUUAAAAAUUAUUGAAUAUAUAUUUUUAAGUGUAGUAUUUUGUAUGAAAU